AUGAGAGAUUCUUGGAUUUUGGUGGAGGAUGUACGAGAGGCUUGGGGUCGUUAUUGCGAGUGGCAUUCUAAGAGUGAAGAAGAUAUGGGUUAUGGGAUUAAAGGAAAGCUUGGGUGGAUGAGGAUCCGACUAGUCCAGGUUGAGGGUGGUUAUGCUUGUGGUGACCGGUUCACUAAGAGUGGGAGUUUGGUUAGUGUCUCACAACUAAAGAAGGUUGAGGUGGCUGUGUGA